UUAAUUCUCAUCAGUUAAUGAGUAAUUGCUUCCAGCUGUCCUCUCCAUGUGAUUAGUCUGCACUGGGAAGUAUUUGACAUUGAGAGUUUGAACCUUCUGCAUCUUAUUUAAAUUCAGUAUGGUUCAGAUUUCCUAAAUGAUCACUUGUUUUACUGGUAGUGUUGUGUUUGCUUACUUUGCUUUCCUGUUCUGUUCUGAUAAAAGAGCACAAUGGUGACGGCAGCUCGGCCAGCCUCUGUGGCACUGCUGACACUUUUUGCUUUUGGUUUUGCAGACGCCAUUCGAACUUUGAGAGAUGGACCAAUGAUCGAUGCUGAAGGAAGGGAAUAUAAAACUGCUGCAUUAGGGUUUGACAGAGAAAGUCAAAUCAGUGAACCACAAUUCAAUGAGGGAUCCACUAUCAGUGUACAAUGCACAGAAGUGUCCAUAAUCAUUGCGGUAAAGGCUGACUUCUUUAAAAAUGGACGCCUUUUGUCUCCAUGGGAUUUUCUUUUGGGAGAAGUCAAGCAUUCACAGAGCAGUCAGUGUCGACCUGUUGCUGCUGGUGACUCUGAAUAUGUAUUUGAAGCUGGACUACAAGACUGUGGCUCCAAAGUGACUACAUCUAAGGACUCUGUGAUCUACUCAAACAAGCUGAUAAUCUUACUAGCUGCCGGGCAACAUGGCAUUAAAAGAACGACCCAUGCUGUUAUUCCUGUUUCCUGUCACUAUAAGAGGACAAAGUUUGAUGGCAGUCACUCUCAGCAGCCGCCCCUCUCUCUUCCUGCUGUGUAUUCAACAGGUGCUUUCUCUCUAAAGCUGAUGACCGAGGACUGGACAGGGGAGACGCUCACCAGUGUCUUCUACACCGGAGACCUCCUGUACCUCGAGGCCUCUUACAGCAGUCCUGAUGCGGGACGCCUGUUUAUCGACGGCUGUGUCGCCGCUCUGUCUCCUGACCCGAGAUCAGCCCCCAGAUACUACUUUAUCCAAAACCAUGGGUGCUUCAAUGAUGCCAAAGAGGAAGGAUCAAAUGCACUUUUCAAUCCCAGAACAAGAUCUUCUUCUCUUCAGCUGCAGCUCGAUGCCUUCCUGUUUCCCCAGGACACAAGGAACUCAAUUUUUAUCACUUGCCAGCUGAAAGCGACCUCUGAAAUGCGGAAGAGCAGCCCCGUCAACAAGGCCUGCAAUUAUAUAAAUUCAAGAUGGAUAAAUGUCGAUGGCAGUGAUGAUGUGUGUCGAUGUUGCGACGAUACAUGCUCCAGCUACUCUCCCACCGGUCAAACAAACCUCGAAAGUCUGAUCCCUGAAGAUUUGGUGGCACGUGAAACUGUUACUCUGGGCCCUUUGAUGGUUUUGCCAUACAAGUAGGCGAAGCAUAACAAUCCAGACAAUAAAGGAUUCAAUAUUUGUCUAUCAAUCUCACCCUCCCUGACCAAACUUCAGCGUAAUACUGUAUAGCUUAAUACUAGCAAAACGAUUAUUUUAAUGAUUGUUUAGUAAGGAAUGUUUAUACAACAUAAACAUUAAAGAAACAAGAAUGUUUAGUCUUUACUGUUAAUACCUAACAUGGCUCUAAACAAAGCCACACAACUGGUCUGAUGAAACAUCCCCGUAAAUAAAAACAGAUUACACUGAAUGAACAUUAAAUGUUGCUGUCAGGAUAGACGCAUAUCAGUGUUUGAAAGAGGAAAAUAAAAUGUGAAUUUCUCUUACCUUCAAAAAGCUGAAUGAAAAUAAGAAUGCAUGCCAAGCUCGUCUUCAUGGCCUUUUCACUUAUGAACUCACUAAUAAAUACUAAAGCUGACUCACAUUGUACUCUUUCCUUCAGUCUUUGUGAGGUUUUGUGGACAGCCUCACUUUAUUUAUUGUUCUUCACCUCUGAGCAGGAAGGGGAAAUCAAAGCAAGAACAGCCGUUGAAACGCUGCA